UUAAGUUUCGCUCGUACACACACGCACGCGCCCAUCCGUACAGUAGUUACUGUACUUGCUGAGUGGGCCAAUAAUACAAGAGAGGGGGGGGAGGAUCAACAUUCCAUUAAGCAUUCCUCUCGCGGGACUGUCCUGGUUGAAACAUCGCGAAGUUUCCUGCUAUUUAGUAUUUUGGUGGUGGUGGCAGCCGCAGGCAACCAGCCCGUGGAGGCAAAUCCAAGAAAGGUGGAGACUCCUGGUUAACUUCCUGCCCAAUAAUCUUGAAGCACCACCAAGAGAGAACUGGGGACGCUGCUGCUGAGGCUGCUUCUGCUGCUGCUGCUGGGGCUGCUGCUGGGGCAAGGACGAAUGGAUAUACCGCUCACUUUAAUAGUUUUCCGGCAGUGAAUCGACUAAAAACACUUUGUUGUUGAUUGUACACCUACUUGGCUAGACGGAAGCUAGCAGUUAGGCUGUACGAGAUUCCAAACAUUGGAUAGCUUGGCGGUGCGAAGACAGAAAUGGAGGUCGUAGUGGAGUAUGAGUACGAGGCGCUCCAUGAAGACGAGCUGACGCUGCGACUGGGUGACAUCAUCAAGAACGUGCGGUACAUAGAGGAGGAUGGCUGGAUGGAGGGAGACCUUAACGGGAAAAGGGGCCUCUUCCCCGACAACUUUGUCAAGGAACUGAAGAAGGAAUCCAAAGAGGUCAAGGAAACAAAGAAUGAGCCCAAAGAGGAGGCCUCUCAUCCUCAGAAGAGAGAGAAGAGUGCAGGAAACGUGGCCAACCUGGUUCAGAGGAUGAGCUUUAUCGGCAUCCCGACUGGUGGCUUCCUGCCUCAGCCGCCAGCAGCUGCAAAGAAGCCCAAGAAGAGACAGUGCAAGGCUCUCUUUGACUAUCAGCCGCAGAACGAAGAUGAGCUGGAGCUGAAAGCCGGAGACGUCAUAGACAUCACUGAAGAGGUUGAAGAGGGCUGGUGGAGCGGCGACAUGAACGGCAAGUCAGGACUGUUUCCCUCCAACUUUGUCAAAGAGCUGGACGCCACGGGAGAGGACGGCGAGUCCAACGACACGGCACCAGACGAGACGGAUGGAAAUGGAAUGGAAAGCGUCCCCACCCCCACAUCCCCUCAACCUGCCUCAGGGAACGGAGUCAUAGCUCAGCCCAAGAAGAUCCGAGGCGUUGGCUUCGGAGAUAUUUUCAGAGAAGGGUCAGUCAAACUAAAGGCCCGGCUGCCAAGCUCCGAAACCGAGGAAAAGAAGGCGAGACCAAUCCCAUCAUUACCAUCUGCUGCAAAGCCCGCCCAUCCCAACGUGACCGACUCGCAGAGAGCAGACGGAGACAGCAAAUCCAAAGCAAAAGAGUACUGUAAGGUCACAUUUGCUUUUGAGGCUACAAAUGAGGAUGAGCUGACCAUAAAAGAGGGCGAUAUCAUCCACAUCCUGAGCAAGGACACAGGAGAGCCCGGCUGGUGGCGAGGGGAGAUCGGGGGCAGGGAGGGUGUCUUCCCUGACAACUUUGUAGCCAUGGUGACUGAUGCAGAGAAAGAGACUCCCACGUCGAGAGGGUCACUGAGAUCAUCUCCCAAGCAGGAGUCUGAAGAGAAGCCGAAGAAGCCACCUCCACCAUCAAAAAGCAUAGCUCCCAAGCCGGAGGUUCCCAGUGCCGACAAGAAGCCUGUUCCCAUCAUGCCAGAGUACAAAGUUGACAAGCCGACCCCAGAUCACAAACCAUCCAAGCCUGCAGCGCCUUUGGUCCCGCCCAAGAAGCCGGUCCCCCCUCCUGGGAAAGGCAGGCCAGGUAGCAUCCCACCAAAGAGGCCAGACAAGCCUCUUGCUCCCUCGCCAAACCUCAAGCACAAUGGAGAGGUGCCUUCCACACGACCAAAGUCAGACUUUGAGCCAUCAUUGCCCCCGAAACCCAAAACUCUGUCUGGGGACUGGGCGGAGAAGUCUUCGGAUGUGGAUCUGAUGAGUUUUGAUGAGUUGUCGUCUACCUCGGAGAAGCUCUCUCACCCCACUGCUAACAGACCAAAGAUGCCUGGCAGGAGGCUGCCCGCCCAGUUUGGUGGAGCACAAUCGCCCAACAAGGAAGUGAAUGUGGAGAAAUCCUUCAAGGUUGAUGAAGAGGAUGCUGCCAAACCAAAACUAACAGAAACCAGAAAGCCUUCCACAAACACAUUAUCCCAGUCACCGUCACUCCACAGGCCCGCCAUGGCCAGCACCGAGGCCAAGCCGAUCCCUGCAGCAGCCCCAAGCUCAGACAGCGUGUCGCAGGGCAGCAGGGCCCGGCUGGAGCCCGAAGAGCCUAACUCGGAGCUUGACGAGCUGAAGAGCCAGAUGAAGGAUCUGCUGCUGUCUGUAGAGCUGCUCAAGACCCAGCAAAUGAAAGAGAUAUCGGAGCUACGAGCAGAGCUGGAUGAGGAAAGGCUGAAGCGUGUUGCUCUGCAGAUGGAGAUAGAAAAACUGAAGCGGACCAUCCACUCGACGUGAAGUCCGCAGUCGGCUGCUGGGCUGUCGACCAACCGGCGGUGACGGACGGAUCGCUGAAUGGACGGAGGGGGGGGCAAACCACCUCGAGCACAAUC